AUGGCAGUUGAUGAAUGGAGGCUUAUAAAUUCCAAUAUUCCUCAAUGGAAGAAGGAUCUAAUAAUAAGGCGUCGCGCAGUCGGACAAGUUUUGCCCACUGAAAGUGGCUCAGUUGAACUCACCUGCCCGAGUGUAGUGGCUGCUGUACGUUUGGCGGAGUAUUCGGUCGACUCGAAUUUUUUCCGGAGUUGCAGGAGCAAACGUGAACAAACUGGCGCUCACAAAAAUAUGAGAUUUGUCGAACAAGUUAACGCUUCCCAUGACUUCGUCGAGCCUUCCAUUAUAUUGGGCAUAAAAGAUAUAAUUACGAAAAUCGAGUCGGGGUCUAGUGUGGAUUUAAAAAUGGGCGAAGAAAAAAGCGCGAAAAAAAACUCUAGUUCGUCUAUAAUUAACGAUAAAAAAAGUAAUAAUUUAUGUUUUGGUGAUGGUGAUGAUUGCGCAUCGGAUUCUAGUGAAGAAUUAAAAUAUGGGCCAGGUAUCGUGAGUAAAUUAAAAUCUAAAUAUUUAAGUUUAACAUUGCGAGAAAAUCAAGGAAAAGUGCGUCCAUCGUUAAACAGCUUGAGAAAAGCAACAAGUUUAGAAAAUAUAUUAAAUGGAGAGGAAGGUGAAAAAUCCGGAGAUCACAAGUCGAAUUAUUUGAAAAAAAUUCAACUGGCUGAUAAUGAAUCAUCGGAAUCGAGGCACAGAGGUUUAGUGAGAAAUAAUAAAGAGUCUAUGAAAAGAGCUAGAUCCGUUGAAGUCCUUACAAAAUACGAUCGCGGAAAUUUUAUAUCGCAAAAAAAUGAAGAAAAUAAUAAGGAUGACGUUAAAAAUUCUAGAAAAAGAAUCAGUAGUGUGAGCGUGGAAGAAAAAGAAUUGCCACCGCCUGAUCUUGUAAAGCAAACAUUACAAAUUUUCGAAAAAUCUCAAAAUUCAAACAACGUUUCAAAUUAUAAAAACAAAGUUCAAAAAAAAGUACCAGAAUACGUAAGUGGAAAAAAGUCAGUAGUGAAUUGUUCUAAAUCGUUUAGGCCAAAGCAAAAUGGAAUUGAAAAUGGUAAAAUAUCAAAAAUUGUCAAAACCUCUGUAAAUAAUUAUUCGUUAAAUAGUAUUUCGAAUAGGAGUAAAAGUUACGAGAAAAUCAUUAGCAAAAACAUUGAAAACUGUGUUGAAAAUAAUUCAAAUUCAAUUCCAAAGCCUGAUAUUAUUGACACCGUGGAAAAAAGGAAAAUAGCCUUGAAAAGAGAAAAUUCAAACGAAUCUGUGAUAAUAAACAAAAAUUCCAAUAACGAAAAUAUUGUUAAGCCAAUUAUCAAAGAUGAUGAUAAUCACGUGGAGAAAAAUUUUCAAUUACCCUCGAAUCAUAAGGAAAAUGGAUUAUCCCUCGAUUUGACGGAUUUGGCCGUAAGUCAAAAUAAUAGGAAAAAAGGGGCCGCCAUCGUGAAUUCAACGAGUAAAAAUAAUGGUACGGAAAAUGGGGGGAUUUUAACAGAUUAUUCUUCCGAAACGAAACGUUGCAUUUCUCCCGUACUAGUUCGAGCACCGCCUUCCAUACUCUCAUCCGAAUUAAAUUCUACUCAUACUACUACACCUUCUCAACCCAUGAAACAAGUCGGUGUGAUACGACCCAUAGUCACAAAUAAAAAAUUUCAAUCGAAUUCGAUAAAACAACAAGUUGUUAAUAAGUGUCAAUUGACGGAAAGGGAAAUAGAAAAAAAUUUAAUAAACCAAGUUAAAUCCAUCGAACAACCCGUUACGAAAGUUAUAGUAUCAUUGAAAAAAUCAUCGGAAGAGUGUUUUACGAAUGAUGGAACAAAAUCGAGUGAUAACGUGGUUAAAAGAGGACAAUAUUGGGAUAAAAAACCCAAUUCCAUGAUAUUUAAUUUUAGCAAUAGAAAAACAGUUCCUGAUUACAUAGAAAAUGAUGGUCUCAUAUUGACGCCGAGAAAGGAAAAACCAAAGAUUUCUUCCAAGUAUAUUUAUAUAUAUAUAUACACGGAUUUAAAUAAAUCCGUUUGUUUUAAGUGA